GGGGUUUCCGUCUCUCUCUCGUUCAGUUACUUCAUCAUCUGACGGUCCGUCGCAGCGGGGAGCUUUUCUUCUCCGCUUUGAAAACCUUUCACCUGAUUAACUUGUUUUAUUGACACUUUAACCUCAGUUUCUUCCCUUAAAUUUAUACUUUUGUAACUUUAUACCGUAUGGACGCAUUUUAAUCACGGAAAAGAUAAGGUCUCCAGUUUAAUAUGGAUGAGGAGAGAGAGGAGGGGGGUCCUACCUCUAAGACCACUCUGUCUGGGGAACAUGGCCGCCGGAGCAAAGCUAAGAAAGGGAGGCAGGAGAGAGCAGACUCCCCUGGACCCAGCUGUGUCUCCAUGAAGAGUGACCACUCUGUGGAUCAUCCUGUUGGGUUUAAAGAUGGAAAUCUGUCUAUUGAGAAUAGAAGAGUCCAGCAGCAGAGAGCAGACUCCCCUGGACCCAGCUGUGUCUCCAUGAAGAGUGACCGGUCUAUGAUUAUACCUCCUAACCUUACAGAUGGACGGCCCUCCAGAGAGGAGAGAAGGAGGCAGCAGAGAGCAGACUCCCCUGGACCCAGCUGUGUCUCCAUGAAGAGUGGCUGGUCUAUGAGUCUACCUCCUGAGCUUAAAGAUGGACGGCCCUCCAGAGAGGAGAGCCCAGAGCAGCAGCAGAGAGCAGACUCCCCUGGACCCAGCUGUGUCUCCAUGAAGAGUGACUGGUCUAUGGAUCUACCAUGGAACUUUAAAGAUGGAAAUCACCAACCUUCUAAGAAAAGACACCAAGAGAGGUCAAAGGUCACCAGUGCUCAGUCUCUACAGCAGCAUCAAACAGAUCUGAUCAAGAGGGCUGAGGAGAACGCACACGCUUUUCUAGACAAGGAGCUGAAGAAGCUCUGGAGGGUUCUCUUACCAGAUUACCCACAAUGCUCAGAGAGUCAGAGGGAGGAGGAGGAGGAGGUGGAUGGUAAGAAGGAGGAGCAGAGGAGGCGCGCCAUAGAGGGAGUGGUGGACAUCACAAAGCUCUGCCUGAUGGAGAUGAACCAGGAGGAACUGGCCGACACACUGUGGGGUGCAUCUGAUGCCGUCGAUUGCCAACAAAAAAUUAAGUCUCAUUUGCAGGAGAAGUUCAGGUGUGUGAUUGAGGGAAUCGCUAAAGCAGGACAGCGAACCGAUCUGAAUGACAUCUUCACAGAGCUCUUUAUCACAGAGAGAGGCAGUGGAGAGGUCAACAAGGAACAUGAGGUCAGACUGAUUGAAACAUCUUCCAGGAAACCAGCAAAUGAGGAAAUACCAAUCAGAUGUGAGGACAUCUUUAAACCCUUACCUGGACAAGAUAAACCAAUCAGGACAAUAAUGACAACUGGAGUGGCCGGCAUUGGUAAAACCGUCUUAACACACAAGUUCACUCUGGACUGGGCUGAAAGCAAAACCAACCAGGACAUACACUUCACAUUUCUCCUCACUUUCAGAGAGCUGAAUUUACUGAAAGGGAAAGAGUUUAGCUUGGUGGAACUGCUUCAUCACUUCUUUAAUGACACCAAAGAAGCAGGAAUCUGCAGAUUCCACCGGUUCCAAGUUGUCUUCAUCUUGGAUGGUCUGGAUGAGUGUCGACUUCCUCUGGACUUCCAGAACAACCCGAUCUGGACUGAUGUCACAAAGUCCACCUCGGUGGACGUGCUGCUGACAAACCUCAUCAGGGGCGUCCUGCUUCCCUCCGCUCGUAUCUGGAUAACCACACGCCCUGCGGCAGCCAACCAGAUCCCUGCUGAGUGUGUUGACAAGGUGACAGAGGUGAGAGGGUUCACCGACCCACAGAAGGAGGAGUACUUCAGGAAGAGAUUCAGAGAGGAGCCGCUGGCCAGCACAAUCGUCUCCCACAUCAAGAAAUCACGAAGCCUCCACAUCAUGUGUCACAUCCCAGUCUUCUGUUGGAUCACUGCUACAGUUCUGGGGGACUGCUUCAAAACAUCUCAGAAAGUAGAAGAGAUGCCCAAGACCGUGACUCAGAUGUACAGCCACUUCCUGAGGGUUCAGUCCAUACAGGGGGACAGGAAGUAUCAUGGGAGAGCUGAAACAGAUCCAGACUGGAGUUCAGAGAGCAGGGAGAUCAUUGUUUCUCUUGGAAAACUGGCUUUUAACCAGCUGGAGAACGGCAACCUGAUCUUCUACGAGGCAGACCUGGCAGAGUGUGACAUCGAUAUCAGAGAAGCCUCAGUGUACUCAGGAGUGUUCACCCAGAUCUUUAAAGAGGAGUGUGGGCUGUACCAGGACAAGGUGUUCUGCUUUGUCCAUCUGAGCAUCCAGGAGUUUCUGGCUGCCCUUUAUGUCUUCUUGUCCUUUAUCAACACUGGGGUCAAUCUGCUCAAAGAAGAACAGUUCAUCUUCACCUAUGGUGAAGAUCAGAUCCCUGCUGAGUGUGUUCAAGAUGAACUCAUCUUCUCCCAUGAUGAAUUAAGCUCCGAUGAAGAUGAACCCAGCUCCGAUGAAGAUGAACCCAGCUCCGAUGAAGAUGAACUCAUCUCCAAUGAAGAUGAACACAUCCUCUUCUACCAGAGUGCUGUGGACAAGGCCUUACAGAGUAAGAACGGACACCUGGACUUGUUCCUCCGCUUCCUCCUGGGCCUCUCUCUGGAGACCAAUCAGAUUGUCCUACGAGGUCUGCUGGGACAGACAAUAAGUAGCUCACAAACCAAGGAGGAAACAGUGUCUUACAUCAAGAAGAAGUUAGGUGAUAAUCUCUCUCCAGAGAGAAGCAUCAAUCUGUUCCACUGUCUGAAUGAGCUGAACGACCGUUCUCUAGUGGAGGAGAUCCAACAGUCCCUGACAUCAGGAAGUCUCUUCAAAACACGCGUCUCUCCUGCUCAGUGGUCAGCUCUGGUCUUCAUAUUACUGACAUCAGAAGAUAAACUGGAAGUGUUUGACCUGAAGAAAUACUCAGCUUCAAAGGAGGGUCUUCUGAGGCUGCUGCCAGUGAUCAAAGCCUCCAAAACAUCUCUGCUGAAUGGUUGUCAUCUGUCAGAGAGAUGCUGUGAAGCUCUGGCCUCAGUUCUCAGCUCCUACUCCUCUAGUCUGAGAGAGCUGGACCUUGGUACCAAUGAUCUGAAGGAUUCAGGAGUGAAGCUGCUCUCUGCUGGACUGGGGAGUCCACACUGUACACUGGAAACUCUAAGGCUUAAUGGCUGUCAUCUGUCAGAGAGAUGCUGUGAAGCUCUGGCCUCAGUUCUCAGCUCCAACUCCUCUAGUCUGAGAGAGCUGGACCUUGGUACCAAUGAUCUGCAGGAUUCAGGAGUGAAGCUGCUCUCUGCUGGACUGGGGAGUCCACACUGUACACUGGAAACUCUCAGGCUGACUGGCUGUCAUCUGUCAGAGAGAUGCUGUGAAGCUCUGGCCUCAGUUCUCAGCUCCAACUCCUCUAGUCUGAGAGAGCUGGAUCUGAGUACCAAUGAUCUGCAGAAUUCAGGAGUGAAGCUGCUCUCUGCUGGACUGGGGAGUCCACACUGUACACUGGAAACUCUCAGGUCAGUUUUACUCAAUGGUCAAACAGUUACACCACAAGUUCUACAUCAGAGGACAGUUAUAAACCCAGCUUAUAACUCAGUACCUGUGAUGACCACAUCCAUGACUUUGUAUCAUUGGGGAUGUAACACCUUGUUGUUUAGGUGGAUAUUCUAAUACAUCCAUAUGCCUGCAACCUUUCAAUUAUAAAUAUAAAAUGAACUCAAAAUAUAAUACUAUUGCCCCCCCACUGUCCCCUGUAUACGGGACAGUGAUAGUUUAGAGCGGGGUGAAGUACAGGGGGUCUUUGGAGGGUCUUACCCCUAGCUGGACACCUCAGACCCCCUGAAAGCCUCAACAGAAACAUUUUGGAGGGUCUCUGGAAAGAAUGAUUUGAAACUUGCAAUCGUCAAACAAAACGUGUUUCAAAGCUUACUAUGUCCAGUACUCAUUAUUUAAAUAGCUAAUUCUUUACUCACAAAUAUGAAUAGGAUACAGAAUAACAUUGUUAUAUUGUGUACCCAGUGAAGCGACAAACUCAUUAAAGCUCUAUUCAUUAUGAACUAAUAAAUAAGGAAAGCCAAGGAUUAAUACUUGUUAAUUGAUAGUUAAGUCCAGCUGUAUUUCAACAGCUGUAAGCAGUGGUGUAGUGGUUCUGGGAGAAGUGGGGAUACUCUAAGGGCCCUAUUUUAACGGUCUGAAACGCAAGUGGGAAGCGCAAAGCGCAAGUAGCUUUGUGGGCGGUUCUACGGCGCUAUCGCUAUUUUAAAGGCGGAUAAAUGACACUUGCGUCGCGGCGCAAGUGUCAAAAGGGUUGGUCUGAAGCAGCCUAGUUACCCGUAGGUGUGGUUUGGGCGUAACGUCCAACAAACCAAUGAGAGUGCCAGCUCCCAUCCCCUUUAAGAGCCAUGAGCGCAUUUGAAUCGGACGAGUUGAUAUUUUGACAGCGCGUCUGCAGUCUCCGAUGAGUCAGAUGCACAUGAAUUUCAAACUGCAAAUGGCUCAGUUUAUUGCCAAAUAAUAUGGCCUAAUUCACACAUGGAAUAAGGGGUUUUCUUCCACAACUUCAGAAAGCAAAGAAAACGUAUAUGAUAUAACAUAUGAUAUGCGGUAACUGUGGUUCUAUUUAAUGAUAUACGCAAUACAUUAUAAACAUUGUUUCUUAUCAGUAUUGUAUGCUAUCCUAAUAUGCAUGUGUCCCCGCGGUAAUAGACAUUGCCAUUGAUUGUAUUAUGCGUUACGUGUUUAGUUUGCGUGUGUUUAAACAGAGCACACACGCGCGCCCGCAUUCAUUCAUUAUUUUUAACACUCACUCGCGGUAAAACAAUGUUUUUCACGAUCAAAUACCCAUCAAUCGUAAAAGUUAUGGGCAUGUAGGCCUACACGAUGUCUGUGUCAAGAAUAUAAUAUGUGUUUGCUGUACGGUGCUUGCAGAUGCAUUGAUUUAAAAGUACAACUUAUUACCGCUGCAUCAGCUGUUCUUUCCCAAAUAAUUUACCAAGAAUGUGCGGCUAGGUAGAUGGGAGAAGCAAAGUGUAUGCGCGAGGUGCACAAGCAAUCCGUAUGCAUCGCAUGCGCAUGUAUGCAUGCGCCCUUAAAAUAGCAUCUGAACAACGCGCCACUGACUUUAAACCAGGUAUUUCCUGGUCAGUAGCGCAGUUGUAUUCAGAAACGGCAAAAUACCGUUUGCGCCAGAACACGCCUCCUCCUUUCGCCGUACCGCCCCUUGGGGCGCAUGAUCAUUCCCUAAUUUACCGGCGAGUGGCGGUGGUGGGAAAAGAACGCUCUGCGCCAGUUCUAAACUAAAGUCACUUUCGCCGGAUGCAAGAUAGGGCCCUAUGUGUCUUAAAGCGCUCUGUUAUAAACACUAACAUUAGGGAUACUCUUGCAUCUUUAGUGCACCCAUAAAUGGGCCAGUAAUGUUGGCACAUUGUCACUUAACUUCUGCUGCUUGGCCAGGAUUGACUUUGCAUCAGUCCUGGCCCACAGACUAUAGGGUGAGACCACUACAUUAUUAUGCAUUCUGAGUGAACUAUUGCUGAUUCCUUAGUCCAUCCACACAUGGAAAUAGGACAACUACUCUCACCGUGUAAGUAGUCUAUCGGCCAGUCGUUUAUUUAGUAAUCUGUCUCUUGUACAGAUGAUGAUGGCCAGAGUGCUGCCAUUAGAAAAUUAACAUAUUUGGCAAAGGGGGCUUGCAAAUAUUACUGCAAAGUAUUGUAUGUUACUUAGCUUAAAUGUAUUUAAAGUUUCACAUGAAUACAUUUUAAAUUCUAAUAGAUUAAGUUGUUGUUGUGAGCACUGCUUCAUACAGUAGGUCUGAACAUCACUGACUGCUUUAAUGAGUCACUUAAACCGUUAGAACGGAGCAUGAAUCACAGGAAGGCCUGGGCCCGUGCACUGAUCUUUCAUUUGUUUCUGACAUUAAAAUGUCGUCUCCUUUUUGGGCCAUCACCAGUUUGCACCCCUGAUAAUAAUACUUUUGAUCACGUUAGUGGUUUCCCUGAUGGAUCUAUAAUCUAGAUGGUAGUACAAUCUGAGGUAAAGUUGUUCUAGGUAAAGGUGAUACUUUAAUCAAGUGAAAUAUAAAGAAGUCAAAGUCCUGUGGUUGAGGGGACCUCGCUCCACAGCGGAAUAGAGACUAGGGCUUGGGGCGCUACAAUACUGAUAUAUUAUGUGGCCGUUGAAUACCCGCUUGUUUCCGGGAAGGCUAUCUUCCACGGGUGGCGCUGUGGCAAAUGGUCCCAAUCCAAAUGUGGAGUGGUUUAGAAAACCUAACGUAUUAUGUGUGAGAAGCUUUCUCUUGGCCAUCUUGAACCGCUGGCCAGAAGGAGCUCCACACAUCCACACACACCUCGCCACCGGUGUCCCUUCACUGGACCAGGAAGUGCUUCAUAAAAGGACCGUCACCAAGGCAACGCCACGUGUGUUUGGAGUAGGACGUUCACAAACUGGUUGGCAGACUGGAAAAACACAGGA